ACAAACUCGCUCCCCGCCGCCGUUCCUCCUGCGCGGGGCCGCCGGGCCGCCAGGGGGCGCUGCGCCCGCCGCCCCGCCCCUUUUCCGCCGCCUCGGCCGCCGCCAUCGCCGGGACGCCGCGCCGCUCCGCGCCAUGUCGUCGCACAAGACGUUCAAGAUCAAACGCUUCCUCGCCAAGAAGCAGAAGCAGAACCGGCCCAUCCCGCAGUGGAUUCGCAUGAAAACCGGCAAUAAGAUCAGGUACAACUCCAAAAGGAGACACUGGAGGAGGACCAAGCUGGGCUUGUGAGAGAGACUGUCCCAGGAGCUCUAAUGAACACUGGUCUUUGUGUGUCAGAUCGAUAACACCCUCGAUUCCUUCUGUGGUGCUGGAGCACAGUCCCCAGUGUGGGGUUUUUAUAAGCUGCUCUGGGAUAUUGAUGUUAUCUGGGAAAACCUUUGUAUCUGAAACAUGGAGACUGUGUUCUGUUAGUGUUCUCUCAGGCAUCACCGUGAGCAUUGAAACUGCACAGGCUCUCUAAUAAAUAUGGACCUGAAUGA